GGCAUGAACACGUUGCUCGAAUGUAAGGCGGGAAAAGCUGUCUGUGCCAUUCCUUUUACAACUGUAAACCCGCUGUCCUUCAUCCAGUAGCCUAUAUUUAAAAAAUAUGGAUGACGAUAUCGCUGCUCUUGUAAUUGAUAAUGGGUCUGGAAUGUGUAAAGCAGGGUUUGCUGGUGACGAUGCCCCAAGAGCUGUGUUUCCAUCCAUUGUUGGAAGGCCAAGACAUCAGGGAGUGAUGGUUGGUAUGGGCCAAAAAGAUAGCUACGUUGGAGACGAGGCUCAAAGCAAGCGUGGGAUAUUAACUUUGAAGUACCCAAUUGAACAUGGCAUAGUUAGCAACUGGGAUGACAUGGAAAAGAUUUGGCAUCAUACAUUUUACAACGAACUUCGCGUUGCUCCCGAAGAACACCCAGUACUUUUGACAGAGGCUCCGUUAAACCCGAAGGCGAAUCGUGAGAAAAUGACGCAAAUUAUGUUUGAAACGUUCAACACCCCGGCAAUGUAUGUUGCUAUCCAAGCAGUACUGUCCCUAUAUGCAUCUGGGCGAACAACAGGGAUCGUACUGGACAGCGGAGACGGCGUAUCGCACACUGUUCCAAUCUAUGAAGGAUAUGCUCUUCCACAUGCUAUUUUAAGACAAGAUUUAGCUGGGAGAGAUCUCACCGAUUACAUGAUGAAAAUUUUGACUGAAAGAGGAUAUUCUUUCACAACAACAGCCGAACGCGAAAUUGUUCGUGACAUGAAAGAAAAACUGUGUUAUAUUGCACUUGAUUUUGAUCAAGAAUUAGCUACAGCUGCAACCAGUAGUUCUUUGGAAAAAUGUUAUGAAAUGCCAGAUGGGCAGGUGAUUACUAUUGGAAACGAGCGCUUCCGUUGUCCGGAGGCUAUGUUCCAACCUUCACUUCUUGGUAUGGAAUCGUCGGGAAUUCAUGAAACAACUUACAACUCUAUCAUGAAAUGUGACGUCGAUAUACGUAAAGAUCUCUACUCAAAUACAGUUUUAUCUGGUGGAUCUACUAUGUUUCCCGGUAUCGGGGAUCGAAUGCAAAAAGAAAUAACUUCUCUUGCACCUAGUACGAUGAAAAUCAAAAUUAUUGCUCCCCCAGAGCGGAAAUAUUCCGUAUGGAUUGGCGGUUCGAUACUCGCUUCUCUGUCAACGUUCCAACAGAUGUGGAUAUCGAAGCCUGAAUACGAUGAAUCGGGGCCUUCCAUUGUACACAGAAAAUGCUUUUAAUUUGAGCACAUCGCGAUUCUGCGUCAUUUUAUGGUUGAUUUGAAGUUGGUUGCCUAUAGUUUUAGUCAAUCUGUUGAUUUGGUUUUGAGUUCCUUGAAUUUCUAACUUGAUCGGACAAUUGUGUUGCUUAAAAGAGAGCACGGUUGUAUUGGGGUCACGCUUCAACCUACAUUCCUUUUUUUUUAAAGUUCACGUGAGGAUAGAUGUUCAUAAGACACGGUUUUGUAAUUUUAUAUCCAGUAUGGUUUGCCUUGGGCGAAUGUCGUUUACUUCGAUUCAACUUUUUUUUCGUUGUUGCGGUCAUUGUAAUAGAUUGGUUCUGGUCAGAUAAAUCAUAAAAUGUUUGAUUUUCAAUUGUUUUUAUCGGUUUGGUGAACAGCAUAAUAAACCAGGUAGCGUUUUUAAACGAAGUAA